CUAACAGACAAGAAAUGUAGAUCUAGACUAGAGACAACAACAUGAAAUGUGUCAAGAAGAGACAAGCGAGAGAAAGGAAGAUUCUUCACUGCCUAUGUGACUAGUCACUAGAUCUAUACGACUACAAAGUAGAAAUGAAUAAUUUGUCACUCUACAUAGUCAAGCUUGCUUGGUUUACUUAUCAAGUACAUCUCUUGGCCAGACAUGGCGGCUUGGAGAUUUCAUUGUGAUUAAAUACUUGACUCGGCCCAGCAACAUGAGUGAGCAGCACAAAUUCGGUGUGAUCAUUGGUCCUUUACGUCUUGAGCAAAGCCCGGAUGAAACCGCCAAAAAUAUCUUUCGCCUGCUGAAUUGUGUAGGCAUCAGAUGUGUGGACACGGCUAAGAUCUCAGUGAAUCCUGAAGUGGGUUACGCUGUAGUCGAAUUCUACCAGAAGUCUGUGGAGGAUUACGCCAUGAAGGUGCUGAAAGAAGUUCAGAGUAUAAUGAACUUGUACGACCUGCGUCGUCUGACAGACAAGCCACAACACCUGACAGCUGCAAGACUUAGUGGACAAGCCCCAGGCCAGGAGCUGAGCUCCAUCUCAGAAGCAGUACUUGGUCAGUUGGAUCCAUCAGCUCAUAACGAGUACUCCCCGAUAGAAGAUGUCACGGUGGCCAAGUUAAAAGAGAUCACGGAGCCACAGACCUCGAGUCAGCCCAAGGGUGAGCACGUCUUUCAGUUGCUCAGUGUCUCGGCCGAAGACUCGGACACUCAGAUCAGUUUCCAGCGCCUGGAGGAGGACGAAGAUGAUGUCAGGACCUUGGACUGCGCCCAGACGGCCUGGGCCUGUUUUAGUCCGACGUCGGGACGCCAGGGGGCCACAAACGACGCUCAGCUGAUCAAAGUGGACGCCAAGACCUCAACGCCGCAAGUGACGCCAUGUUUCAACACUGGAAUGAACUUUUAUCUCCUUUUCCAGACUCUGUCCACGGACAUUAAAAAUGUUUACACUGACAGCGGAGACAUUUUGACACGUAGUCCGAGGAAUUUCCGAAUCAUGGUUGGAAAAUACGUCUGUGCAUUUCUCAACUCUGGCGGUGGCGCCAUCUUCUUCGGCGUGAACCAAGAAAGGAAAAUCCGAGGCCUCCUUCUAGAUAACAGAAUGGAAGAUUAUGUCCGCCUGGACAUAGACAGUCAGAUCAAGUUGAUAAAGCCUUUGGUGCCCACGUCUGCUUACAAGGUCAACAUAGUCAAUAUUAUGGAUGAUACGGGUCAUCUCAUCCCUGACCUGAGGGUGCUGGAAGUGGAGGUACUGCCGCUGAAUCCUCCAGAAAUGAAAUACAUGUUUAAGACAUCAGUCUUUGUCUGGGAACGAAACGCUAUCAAAGAAAUUGAUCCGGCGGACAUUUUCUUCUAGAUUGCAAAGUCAACUUUUUUCUUUGUAAUGAAUAAAUGAUUAUUGAAUUACUAGGACUCAA